CAGCCUGGGAGGAGGGAGGGGAAUGGAUCUUUUCUGUGUGAGUCGCCGGAGCUCCCUCAGCCUGCUCCUUACCACCUGCCCUUGACUUACUGUGCUCAGACGAGAGAGUAGAAGCUGUGCUGCUCGCUUCUCCUCUGGCACCUCUCUGUCUGUGUUUAUGUGAGCAGCUACAUUUUUUUUUUUUUUAAAUCUUCCACUCUGUGUGUGGCUGUUUCUUUCUACCUGUGGUGCUUCAGUGGAGUGGCGAAGAGAGGAACGUUUGUCCUCAGCUGGUGGAGCUCUGAUGGAAGGCAGUGCUGGCUCUGGCUGGGACUGGGGAUGCUGAACGGGGGGAGGGAGGGCCUGUUUGAGCUGGGACAGCAGCUCCAGCAGCAGGGGGAGUACCAGGCUGCCCUCCACUGCUUCCUCAGCUGCCUGUUGGGACUGACCCAUGUGCAGAGCUUCACCUCUCUGCCCAACUGCCUACACCAGAUUGCAGAACUUUUCAUCACUGAAAAGAAUUAUGGGAAGGCCCUCCAGUUCAUCCAGGCUGAAAAAAUGUUCUAUGAGGUGGCAUUGAUCGAGCUCACAGCUCUUCAGGGGAGCACAGGGCCUCAGGAGGAGGCUACGUUGGGCUCUGCAGGAUGGACAACCCCAGAGGAGCUUUCGGAGCAGGCCUCCCAGGCACAGCACCUCGAAAGGCUGGCCCAGCUGUGCAUCAUGAGCAAACAACCUCAUCUUGCUCUAGAAUACAGCGGUAAGGCUACAAAGAUACACCAGAGGGCCUUUGGUAAUGACCACCCCAUUACAGCCAGAAGCCUGGAGCUUAUGGCCACCGUCUAUGCUGAGAUUGGCAAGACUGAAUAUUCAGACUCCCUGGGUCAGUGUGUGUCUGCGCUGUCCAAACGCUUUGCUGCUGCAGAGUCCAUUAGAGACACCGUCAACUGUCUUCCUCAUUCCCACCGGGAGAAACACUCAGAGAUCCGCCACAGAAAGGACGCCGACCAGCAACAGGAGGACACACCGAAACCUAAGGUAACCAAUGGCAAAGUCCCCACCUCCAUUCUAAAGAGGCCAAGUCCCAACUACGGGUCAGACACAGAACCCAACUACAGACGGAAAGGUGAACGAAGGGUUCGAUUCAGGGAGCCAGAGACCACAGUACAUGCCUAUGAGACGACACCGCCCCGCCCCCACAUCGCCUUGUUCACUUGCCUCUUCCUGCUGAUGUCAUUCCUGGGCGUGGCCAUGUACUGCACAGACCGCCGACGCCCACAGCGAGUGUGCGAGGAGCUGGAGGCCGCUUUGGCUGUCUACCUGCUGCAUAUGAAACAGCUCCUGUGGGGCUGCUGGAUAUGGCUGACCAUGCAGUGACUGAGACCGACCACAGGUGGAGACAUGAAGCCUCCUUUAUUGUUUCCAGAUCCCUCUUUUUUCCUAUCUUUGAAAGAGCCCAGGCCUACAAACACCUCAGCCAUGUGCCACGGCUCUGUACACUGUAUGUGGUGUUAAACCACUCUCACAGUGAAAAAGGGGAAAGUGUGUAAUCCCAGAAAUAUGUAGCUUUCAUGUCUGUAUGUACUGUAUAUAUGUACUAAGGUGGUGGUCAUGCCACUCCUUAUUUAAGUUAUAAUCAUUUUGCACAUCUGCAAUGUUGAUCACAUAUAACGCUAACUUAAUCACCACAACCAUUUGAUUUUUCAGUUCAUGUCACAGUCUAAUGUAUGUGAGUGAAUGUUUCCAUGAAAUGCAAAUAUUUAUUUUGUUACAGUACAUGAUUAGUGUAUAUCAGAUAUUACACAGAACUGAAUGUGUAUAUAUGGUUCAAUAUACUAAGGACUAUCACAAUAUUCCGCCUUGUAAUUGCACGUUAAUGAAUGUAGAGAUGUUGGGAAACAGUUUUUGAUUGGCACAGUGCACAUUCAAGAGGAGGAGGAUGGAAGCACAAAUGUGUAAACUGUUCGAUAAUGAUCUGUGGGAAAGAAAACACAGGGCUGCAUCACUUCACAGUACCAGGUUGAAUGGCUUAACAGAUGAAAAACACCUCUUUCUUCACAGACUUUUCUUCAGCUGAUUCCUAGCUCCACUGUGGAGGAAAUCUGCAGCACAGUGUUCUCUCACAAUUCUCUCUCCUUAUCUAUUGCCGAAGAGAAUAUACUCAAACUGAAUGAAUGCUAAUACUUUUGACAGUGUUCCUCUUUAUAACCACUGAAAUCCCACAAAAUAUCCUUGAUCCUAAAUGUUAUUUAACUGUUUUCUUUUUGUUACAUUUCUAUUUAAAAACAAUAAUAUUCAGGUUUUAAUCGUGAUGUCAAAUGCUCAUCAAGCUUUGGACAAAUGUAUGGAUGGGUGUGGGCUCAACAAAUAUUUGCAAUAUGUAAAAAAAAAAACAAAAAUCAAGGAUGUCCUCCUAUAUCAAGCUUAUUACUACUAAUAUGAGGCCAAACACAGAAAUAGAACAGAAUCAGAUACUGUAUGUUAUUGUUUGCGAGUCCCUUUAUCAAAUUAAGCAAAUAUAAUUCAAACAGCCAAACCACCACACAAAUGAAUUAUAGGAAUUAAAGGGCACAGUGAUGCGCAUCCCACAGACCUCUCAUUAUGAGCAAUAACACACAUCACAUAGUUUAACAUAGUAAAACAUUGUUCUUUAUAUAACAGGUUUCAGGGAACUCAAAAGGAAAGCGUUGGAUUUUGGAGGUUUCACAUUUGAAUGUCAAAGCAAUAUAAGGCUAAUAACGCCUCUAUAGAAGAAAGAAAUACUCUCGACUCUGUACUGUCAAACUAAAUAAUUAGCAAUAAAACAAUACCCAGUGAACUCAUGUUCUGUAUAUGCACAUUUAGCUUAGAAGCUGCAUUUCACGGCUGUCCAAACAUUUAUGGUCACUUUGAAAGAAGUGCCUUUAUGGAGGGUUUUCUUGGUUCCUACCAUUUUAUGAUUUCAUUUGUUUUGAAUAAAACUGUCAUUGCCUAUCAAA